AUGAGGCCCGCUGGCGGUUGCCGCGGGAGCGGGCUGCUGGUUCUCGGCCUCGCGCUCUCGGUCUCGGCGGCGCUGCUCCGUGGCUGCGCGGGGCAGCAAGCGGAGGAGGACGGCUCGGACGCCCCGGCGGCGGCGACGGCAACGGCCCCCAUGGAGGAGAAGGAGCGCAGGGCCCUGUACGCCGCCAUCGAGAGCUUCGUCGGCAUGGGGUGGAACGGCUCCAGGCUCUACCCCGACCCCUGCGGCUGGUCUCCCAUCCAGGGGGUGUCAUGUGAUCUCUUCAAUGGGCUGUGGUACCCAACAGUGAUGAGCAUUGGCCCAGUUCUUGACAACUCGCUGCGGUGCGCCCCUGACGCCAAGUUCAGCCCGCAGCUGUUCGACCUUCGGCGCCUCCGGACGCUGUCCUUCUACAGCUGCUUCCCGGCGAGCAACCCCACGGCCAUCCCGACCGCCGGCUGGGAGAAGCUGUCGGGGACGCUGGAGACGCUCGAGUUCCGCACGAACCCGGGACUCACCGGCGGCAUCCCGGCGUCCCUCGGCCGCUUGGCCAGCCUGCAGUCGCUGGUGCUCGUGGAGAACAACCUGACGGGGCCCGUGCCGGCCGAGCUGGGCGCGCUGUCGAGGCUGAGACGGCUGGUGCUGUCCGGGAACGGGCUGUCGGGGCCGAUCCCGGCGAUACUCGAUGUUGAUCGUGGACCUGAGCAAGAACUCUCUAACCGGCUCUCUGCCUUCGUCGCUAGGUGGCCUCACGGGGCUCCUGAAGAUGGACCUGAGCAACAACCUGUUGCAGGGCAGCAUCCCGCCGGAGCUCGCGGGGCUGAAGAGCCUCACACUACUGGACCUCCGGAACAACAGCCUGACCGGCGGGCUGCCCUAGUUCGUGCAGGGCAUGGCGUCGCUGCAAGACCUGCUGCUGUCGAACAACCCGCAGUUGGGCGGCGCGCUGCCGCAGUCCGGGUGGGAGACGCUGGUGGCGAACCUGGCCACUCUGGACCUGUCCAACGUUGGCCUCGUGGGAGCCAUACCGGCGUCCAUGGCGGCGCUGACGGGGCUCCGGUUCCUGGCGCUGGACCACAACCGCCUGACGGGCGCCGUGCCGCCCCAGCUCACCCAGCUGCCCAGCAUCGGCGCGCUGUACCUCAACGGCAACAACCUGACGGGGGCGCUGCAGUUCUUGGCCGGCGGUUCGCGUCGUGGGACAACCCCGGGCUGUGCUACAACAUCGCGGCCGUGGACGUGGCGCACGCGCCGUCGGGCAUGGUCGUGUGCAAGGACCUGCAGGAGCCCAGCGUGGCGCGGGACGGGGAGGAGGGCGGGAGGAAGCCCGAGGCGAGCUCCAGCGUCGUGGCCUCGUCGUCGUCGUCCGGCCGGUCGGCUGCCAGGGUUCUUCAGGGAAUGGCGGCUGCGGUUCUUGGAUUGAUGUCCCUCCUACUAUAG